AUGAUGGAAGUGGGGGAAGUUUCCGAUACAGACAGCGAUGAAACGAUAGUUGAAGGGUUCGUGGUUGAGAGCCACCUGGAAGAAAAAGGGCUUCGUGCAAAAAGAUUCUCUUCAGUGGAUAAAGACAUGGUGUUAGCAAGGGAAACCAGCAUUACUUCAGAAGUAGCUAAUACAUAUGGAGAUUUAGAACAUAAAGUGCCCCGAGUUCUCAAGAUGUCAUACCAAAAUGUCGAAGAAACUCUUCCCUCAAAUAUGAAUGCAGUAAAGUCAUUCUCAAACGAUGUGCCAAAAUACCCAGGAACAUCAGUGGCUUUCCAAAGUGUUGGAAUGAUCGGUGGCAAGAGUGAUGCAGCAGAUAACGAUCUAAUUCAUGAAGCAAUAGCAUCUAAUGAGACUAUAAAUAGUGUGGCAGCUAAAAUGUUUGUAGUAAAACCACUUGAUGAAUUUGAAACCAACCAAAUACCUGACAUGCUAGAGUAUCAGAAUGAUUAUUUUUCUAUAGAUACAUCUGUAAAUGAGGAGAAUAAUACUUUGCCAGAAGAACUUUUCACAGCUCUAAACACCUUGACAGAAUCUGUAGUUGCAGUAGAAGGCAGAACUGGAUCAAGCACAACAGUGAAGCAGCUAACACCCGAACAGGCAGGUGAUGAUGCCACAGAAAUAAUAAAAACUGAUUUGAAAUCUCAGUGUUAUUUGCAAUGCCAUGAAGAACCAAAAACUGUAAUGAUAGCCAAGAUGUCAUGCACUUCAGGCGAACAGAUCGACUAUGAACAAUGUAUGCAUCCAUUGUGCCAUCCAGAUCCUCAAAAAACUGGUUUUCCUGACAGACCAUUUAAAAAAGGAAAUUCCAGUUUAAAAGACAUUCAUUCAUGUGAGCAUCUCUUUGAAGCAACUUCAUAUACAUUAAAGAAAUCAGAGCACCAAAGAAAGACCGUUGUGAUAAAUGAUACAGAUGCUACUUUUGAAUGCCAACCAUUUUUAGAAGGAAUGCAUCAGAAGAUGCACAGAUUUAAUGAUAGAGAUAAAGAAUAUGAAUCUUUGCAACUGGGAAUUUGCACAUACCAUUGCUCAUCUUCAGAUGCAAAUACCAAAAUUGAGCAAGUAAGAAAGAGCCAGAGGAUUGCCAAGAAAACCAGAAAGCAGACUAUUUUUAAUUAUUACUCCAAUGAUUCCUCAGGUAAUUACACUUCAUUGUCUGUAAUCAACAGAAGAGAUGCUUUUGGUCAGACAUUGUUGCAUAGAGCUGCUACAGAAGAUGACUUAGAUGGUGUGUGUGCAAUGAUAAAAGCUGGUGCAAAUGUUAAUGCCCAGGACUAUGCAGGUUGGACUCCGUUACAUGAGUCCAGUUUGGCCGGUUGGUUUGAAAUAUCAAAUGAACUUUUAAAAGCAGGAGCUGAUGUUAAUUGUAAAGGAUAUGAGCAUGUAACACCAUUACACGAUGCUGUUAAAGAAGGUCACUACAAGGUGGCAGAAUUAUUGCUUUGGUAUGGAGCUGACCCACUGUUCAAGAAUGAAAGAGGAAAGAAUGCCUUAGAAGAAGCUACUGACAAGCAUAUGAGGAAACUAGUGGAAAGUUAUAUAGCUCAUUCUGAUAAAAGAUCAGCAUCAGAGAAUCUGGAAGUAUGUUGCAAUAUGGAAAAAGAGAAAGAAAAACAAAAUUUUACAUCAGAUGUACCUUUCCAAUCAGUUGCAUUAAAAACUGUCCAGACCAAGUAUAAUGGAAAUUGUCAAAAUGCCAAUUUGGGUUCCGGCAAUAAUGUGAAGAAUGUUUCUUCAAGUAAUACACAGUUCAGUCAAAUUGAAGAACAGCAUACACCACGAAUCCUAGAUCUGUAUAUCCAGGACUUUUCUGAAAUACAGAACUCUUUGAAUACUACACUUACCAGACAAAAAUCUGAACGAGAUGAGCUUGCUAAGAAAUAUAGAGCUUCUGUGGAAUCUUUUAAACAGGGAGUGCUGAGAGAAAAGCUAGUAAGCCUUGCAGCCCGACAAAAGAAUCUUUUGCUCAUGGCACGAAAACAGAAAGAAUUAUGGAAAAAAAUACAGAAUUUUAAAAAUGCAAAAAAAGAGGGUUUCCAGUUAUCAAAUCAAGUCCCAGACACACUUGAUUCUUAUGAAAACAGCAAUACAAAAAACAGAAUUUCUGAUGAAACAGUUCCAUGUCCUAACAUUAUUAUGGGCCAUGAGAGUGUCUGGGAGAUGGAAAAUAGCUCUUUAAAUCAAGACCAUCCAAACAGAUUUCCAGAUAUAUCAGGAGAAAAUGGAGAAAUUAAUAGUCAGAAGAAAGAUGGUCCACAGCUUUUGGUAUUUGAAAACAAUGUGAAGAGAUAUAACACUGCAGAAGUAACAAAUUCAGAGUCCUUGGAUACUACAGAUUCAGCAACAUUGCUUCUAAAUUCUGUUAUCUGUCCUACUCAACAAUUAAAAGAAAUUGAUUGUAUAUUGGUGACACCACAAGAAACCCAGAACCUAAGUGCCACAUCAAGAUUGCAGAUUAAUAACUCAACAAUUGGAAGUGAUAAUAAUAAUAUCUGUCAGCCAUCUACUGACAGUCAGAAUGUUUGCAUGAAUAUGCUUUUGUCACAAUAUUCAAAUAUGAACAAUGCUUCCUCAAUACAACCAAUUGUAGAGUUAGAAUCCGCAUGUGGCUUUGUUAGUACUGAUCAAGAUAACAUGGCCACAAGUAAAAGAAUCUUACUUAAUGUUAAUUUAGAAUCUCCAGGGCCAUUUUCUCAUGUAACAUCACAAAGCACGAUCAGUCAGAAUACUUUCCAGAAUUCAAAAAAUCAAGAUUUUGAGAAAGGCCUACAUUUCAAGAGAAACAGGAAGAAAAAAAAUCAACUAUUAGAUCUGCUUGAACUGGGAAAAAUUAAGCCAGGAGAUGAUGUUUUAGAAUUCACACUGCAGGAUUCCAAACAUAAAGCUAGCCUUCUUGGAAAUGGAAAAGUCCAAACUGGAAACAAUUCAGUUUAUCAAAAUCCAGUUCAAUGGAUAAAGGCAAUAUUAGGAAAAGACAUCUAUGUCACAUACUGUGGAAGGCCAUUAUCAACAAUUGUUAAUGAAAUGCAUGUUCCUAAGGAAUCAGAAGUAUUGCAACAAAAAAAUCUGCUUGACUCAUCCUGUCAGGCUAAUUCUUCAAAAACACCCUGUUUUCUACACUUCAACAAAAUAAGGUUAAUUACAGAUGAAGAAUUUUUGCCAUGGCAUACAGGAGAAAAAUACUGGGACUUCUUUGUCAAGUGUGAAAAUUUUGGAUUUUAAAGUGCAACCUACUAUACAUUUCCUUUUCCAUGAAUAUCUGUAGUUUUGCAUAUGUCUGUUCCUUGGAUUAAACAAAAUAUUAAAGCUGUUAAAUGAAGAUAUGUGUGAACUCCAGCUGGUAAAGAGGUCAACGAAAUGAUGCAGAGUAUUUCAUAGUAGUCUUUCAACAGCUAGCUAUGAUGGAUGCUAAAAUAGCAGUACUGAAGUGGUUGAUUGUUGGCUUAGGCAACAAGAUAACAUC